AUGCGCCUUCUCUCUCUAGGACUACGCCAUCUCCACUAUCUGCCAUCCGCUUCGCAGCCCCACUCCAAGGGCAGAGAGGGCGAACAGGCCUGCCUCUCUCUCGUCAACUCCUGCACCUCCCUCUCUCACCUUACCCAACUCCACUCCCUCCUCAUCAAAACAUGCCUCAAUUCCAACCUCUUAGUCGUCACUCGCUUCAUCGCCAUUGCCUCCCACCUUUCCGCCAUCGGCUACGCCUCGGCCCUCUUCUCUCGCACCGCCCAUCGCGACACGUUCCUCUUCAACACAAUGAUCCGAGGCCUUUCUCUCUCUGACCACACCGGGCACCAGGGCCUCUCUCUCUUCUCUCUCAUGCUUCGGGAUGGAAUCACACCCAAUAAAUUCACAUUCCCGGUCGCUCUCAAGGCUUGUUCUGGGCUGUCGGAGCCCAUUGUAGUCCCACAACUUCAUAGUUCCAUUGUGAAAUUCGGGUUCAAUUCUGAUCUCCACAUUCAAAACACGUUGAUACAUGCGUACGGGAGUUGUGGUGAUUGUGAUAUGGCGCGCCAAGUGUUCGAUGGAAUGACAAAGGAGGACACGGUGUCAUGGAGUGCUAUGCUCGGUGCAUUUGUGAGGUGUGGUUUCUCUGGAGAUGCAAUCGCACUCUUUCGAGAGAUGCAGGCAUUUGGCGUGGUUCCUGAUGAAAUUACUGUUGUCAGUGUGCUAGGCGCCUGUACUGAUGUUGGUGCAUUAGGGCUUGCCAAUUGGGUCGAGUUGUAUGUAGAGAAGCAGAAUGUGAAGCGCACAAUUCCGCUGUGUAACGCGCUAAUUGACACGUACGCAAAGUGUGGGAGUGUGGAGGAGGCAUGGGGUGUGUUCAACAGGAUGCAGGAGCGUAGCGUGGUGUCGUGGACAGCCAUGAUUGAUGGUCUCGCUUCUCAUGGCAGGGCAACAGAGGCUUUGAUGUUGUUCUCGGAGAUGCAGGGCCCACAUGGGGUCUCUCCAGAUGGCGUAGCGUACUUAGGAGUGCUCUCGGCAUGUAGCCAUGCGGGCCUCGUGGACGAGGGGUGGGCCCACUUUCGAGAAAUGCAAGAAAGAUAUGGUUUAGCCCCUAAGGCCGAGUACUACGGAUGUGUGGUGGACAUGUUGGGUCGGGCAGGGCUCAUCGACGAGGCCUACAGCUUUGUCAAAGAGAUGCCCAUAGAGCCCAACCCUAUCAUAUGGCGAGCUCUUCUCAAUGCAUGUCGCGUACAUGGCAAGCUCGAGUUCACGGAGCAAAUCACCAAGAGGUUAAUCGCCUCAGACCCUACCCAUGGUUCGAAUUAUGUGAUCUUAUCAAACAUUUAUGCAUCCCAAGAGCGAUGGGGCGAUAAAGCUCGUAUUCGUGAUAUGAUGAGUGGUAAGGGCAUAAGGAAAGUUCCUGGAUGUAGCUCGAUCGAGAUCAACAACACGGUCCAUGAGUUUGUUGCCGGGGACAAGGAGCAUUUUGCCAAGCACAUAGAGAUGUAUGGCAUGUUAGAGGAGAUUGGGACACUGUUAAGGAUGGCAGGGCAUGUGCCUCACAAGAGGGAGGUUUUGCUAGACAUAGAUGAGGAAGACAAGGAGGGUGCAUUGCGUUGGCACAGUGAGAAGCUUGCUUUGGCCUUUGGGUUAGUAAGGACCAGGAGGGGAACACCCCUUAGGAUUGUGAAGAACUUGAGGGUUUGUAGGGAUUGUCAUUCAGCUUUUAAAGUGAUAGCUGAGGCUUAUGAGAGAGAGAUUACAGUGAGAGAUGGGAGCCGCUUUCAUCUUUUCAAGGGUGGGUCUUGUUCUUGUAGAGAUUACUGGUAG